AUGGAUUGCAAUUCGCGAUCACAUUUUUUCACUUUACAUCUUUUACUCUCCCUCUUGCUUCCAGUUUUUACGAUCGUCUACCCUCCAAAUGAAGUGAACCUGUUAGAUUCUAAAGCAAGCCAAGGAGAGUUAGGAUGGAUUUCCUACCCAUCACAUGGGUGGAGGGAAAAUUGGGAGGAGAUCAGUGGCGUGGAUGAGCAUUACACACCCAUCAGGACCUUCCAGGUGUGCAAUGUGAUGGAAUACAGCCAGAACAACUGGCUUCGCACCAACUGGAUCCCUCGUCAGUCCGCCCAGAAGAUUUACGUCGAAUUGAAGUUCACUCUGAGGGACUGCAACUCCAUUCCAUUAGUCCUGGGUACAUGUAAGGAAACCUUCAACCUUCUCUACUUGGAAACCGAUGACGACCAAGGCAGUCACUUCCGAGAACACCUGUUCUCCAAGAUUGACACCAUAGCCGCGGAUGAAAGUUUCACUCAAAUGGACCUUGGCGACCGCAUUCUCAAACUUAACACUGAAGUGCGUGAAGUAGGCCCAAUGACCAAGAAGGGCUUCUACCUGGCAUUCCAGGACGUGGGUGCCUGUGUAGCUUUAGUCUCUGUGAGGGUUUACUUCAAAAAGUGCCAAAACAUAGUGAAGAAUCUGGCCUCCUUUCCAGACACAGUGCCCACAGACUCCAAGUCACUGGUUGAGGUGAAAGGUUUAUGUGUCAAUAACUCGAAAGAGGAGGAGCCCCCACGAAUGUACUGCAGCACAGAGGGCGAGUGGCUUGUGCCUAUCGGAAAGUGUCUGUGCAACCCAGGCUAUGAAGAAAGGAGCAACACCUGCCAAAUGUGCAAGUCCGGCUUCUACAAGUCUGCACUUGGAAACCUGGAGUGUUCCAAAUGUCCCCCUCAUAGCUAUGCCCACCAUGAAGGUUCAUUGCAUUGUGGAUGUGAGAAAAACUACUUUCGGGCUGAGGGAGACCAAGCCUCCAUGGCCUGUACACGCCCUCCCUCAGCUCCUCGUAACGUUAUCUCCUCCAUCAACGAAACCUCCGUUAUCCUCGACUGGAGCUGGCCUGAAGACACAGGUGGCCGUAGGGACCUGACCUUUACAGUCCUCUGCAAACGAUGCCGUGCCGGUGAAGCUAACGGAAGCAGUGGUGGAACACCACGAUGCGAGCCCUGCCGGAGCAACGUCCGUUUUUUUCCAAGAGCCCAAGGUCUACAAAACACUACUGUGACAGUGGGCGAUCUACUAGCUCACACCAACUACACGUUUGAGAUUGAGGCACAGAAUGGAGUUUCAUCAUUGGCGCCCAAGAUGAGGCAGUUUGCCGCUGUCACCAUCACCACCAAUCAAGCCGCUCCCUCUCCAGUAAUAGUGAUCAAAAAGGAGAAGACAUCACGGAAUAGUGUUUCCUUGUCCUGGUUGGAGCCAGAGAGACCGAAUGGCAUUAUCCUAGACUACGAGAUCAAAUACUAUGAAAAGGAGGAGCAGGAGACCAGCUACACAAUUCUUCGGGCUCGGGGUUGUAAUGUGACUCUGAAUGGUCUUAAGCCCAACACUGCCUACCUGCUGCAGAUCAGAGCCCGCACAGCAGCUGGUUAUGGAGCCAGCAGCCCUAGUUUCCAGUUUGAGACAAGUCCUGACUCAGCCUUCUCCAUCUCUAGUGAGAGUAGCCAGGUUGUUUUAAUCGCCAUUUCCUCGGCAGUGGCUAUCAUCCUGCUCACUGUGCUGCUUUACGUCUUGAUUGGCAGGUUUUGUUGCCACAGCAAAUCAAAACAUCCUGAUGAGAAAAGACUGCACUUUGGCAACGGACACCUGCGUCUGCCAGGUAUUAAGACCUACGUUGACCCCCACACUUAUGAGGACCCAAGCCAAGCUGUGCAUGAGUUUGCUAAGGAGCUAGAUGCUUCCUGCAUUGCCAUCGAUAAAGUGGUGGGAGCAGGUGAGUUUGGUGAGGUGUGCAGCGGUCGCCUGAAGCUGCCUAGUAAAAAGGAGAUCUGUGUGGCUAUCAAGACUCUAAAAGGUGGAUACACAGACAAACAGAGGAGGGACUUCCUUGCUGAAGCAUCAAUCAUGGGACAGUUUGACCACCCCAACAUCAUCAGGCUGGAAGGUGUCGUUACACGCAGUAAGCCUGUCAUGAUUGUCACAGAAUAUAUGGAGAAUGGCUCACUGGACAGCUUUUUAAGGAAGCACGAUGCCCAGUUCACUGGAAUUCAGUUGGUUGGCAUGCUGCGUGGCAUCGCCUCAGGCAUGAAGUAUCUGUCAGACAUGGGCUACGUUCACAGAGACCUUGCUGCACGAAACAUCUUAGUCAACAGCAACCUGGUGUGUAAAGUGUCAGACUUCGGCUUGUCAAGGGUCCUGGAAGAUGACCCCGAGGCGGCUUACACCACAAGGGGAGGAAAGAUCCCUAUCCGGUGGACAGCACCAGAGGCAAUUGCUUACAGGAAGUUUACAUCAUCGAGUGAUGCUUGGAGUUAUGGCAUCGUGCUCUGGGAAGUAAUGUCGUAUGGAGAACGGCCUUACUGGGAGAUGUCCAAUCAAGAUGUAAUAAAGGCUGUAGAUGAGGGUUACCGCCUUCCCCCACCCAUGGACUGCCCUGCUACACUUUACCAGCUGAUGCUAGACUGCUGGCAGAAAGAAAGGAACAACCGGCCCAAGUUUGAACAGAUAGUCAGCAUCCUUGAUAAACUCAUUCGCAACCCUGGUAGUCUUAAAAUUACUGCCAACACAACGUCGAGGCCGGCCAACUUGUUGUUGGAUAGAAGUAGUUCAGAGGUUCCUUCAAUGGGGGACUGGAUGGAUGGAAUGAGGACCUUGCCCUGCAAUGAGGCCUUUUCUGGGGUCAGCUACAGCUCCUGCGAUACCCUGGCCAAGUCUUCCACAGAGGAUUUGAAAAAGGUUGGCGUGACAAUUGCAGGACCACAAAAGAAGAUCGUGAGCAGCCUCAAAGCCCUUGAAUCUCACACCAAGAACGGACCAGUACCUGUUUAA